AUGGAUUGUUUAUCCUCGGCGGCGAGCGUUAUCGCGAUCAUCCAGCUAACAGGAAGCCUUGUCAAGCUUUGCGGGGGCUACAUUCAAGAGGUGAAAGAUGCACGAGACGAAAUUUUAACCCUACAACGGGCGAUUGCAAUCAUCCAAGGGACCCUCCAAGACCUGCAGAAAUUCCUUCAAAGUAACGACGGAAAGGGCCUACCUACCUCCUCACGACUAGGCAGCAAUAUUGCCGACUGCCUCUCUGACCUCCGAGCCUUAGAAGCGAGACUUGAUCGAGGAAAAGGAAAGAAACUAAUGAGCAAAAUGGGAUUACGAGCCUUAAAGUGGCCCCUGAAACGCAUAGAGGUGCAGGGUGUUAUUCAGAACCUCGAGAGAUAUAAAUCUUCAUUCCUCUUAUCUUUACAGGUGGAUCAAACUUCUCUGAUGGUCGAUGUGGUCCAGGGUAUGGAUCUUGGGGUGUUGAAAGGUGCGAAGGAGGCAGGGUUUGAGUCAUUCUCCGACCGAGACGAAGUCCAAUGUCUCCAAGGCACUAGGACCCAGCUUCUCCAGCAGAUAAUGGAAUGGGCUACGUCGCCGUCCCAAAAAAGCAUUUUCUGGUUAAAUGGAAUGGCCGGGACAGGAAAAUCCACCAUAUCUCGGACAGUGGCAAGGUCGCUCAAGGACACCAAUUAUCUAGCUGCCAGCUUUUUCUUUAAGAGGGGUGAAGGGGACCGAGGAAACGCGAAGAAGUUUUUCCCGACAUUAACAAGGCAAAUGAUGCUCAUGAUUUCUGAGCUGAGGUCUGGCGUGCAUAAGGCACUCCACGAUGACCCUGACAUUGCGUCAAAAUCGCUCAGGGAGCAGUUUGAGAAACUACUCCUUCAACCGCUGCUCGGUCUUGACCAACUCGGCCGACAACCUCAAGCCGCUGUGAUAGUGAUCGACGCUUUGGACGAAUGUGAACAUGAUCAAGAUGUCCGAAACAUCAUUCGAUUACUCCCCCUUCUACAGAAGGUAAAAGCGGUUCGCCUUCGGAUUUUGUUGACUAGUAGGCCUGAACUCCCAAUCAGGCUCGGCUUUUCAGAGAUGGCGAAUCAUGACUAUCAGGACCUAGCUCUUCAAGAGAUUCCAGAAGAAGAAACAGAGCACGAUAUACUUUUAUUCCUACAGGACCGAUUUGCGAAGAUCAAACACGACAAGAACAUUUCUGAAGAUUGGCCUAGUAAUAACGUCAUCCAAGCAUUAGUCAACAUGUCCGCUCCACUGUUUAUUUCGGCUGCCACUGUGUGCCGUUACAUCGAAAAUUCAAAAUGGGAGCCAAAGUCGCGCCUCGCGGACCUUCUGAGGGACCAAGCUAAAUACGUAUCGAGGAUGGAUAAGACAUACCUGCCAAUUCUGACGCGACUACUAGACGAUCAAGAGAGUGAUGAGCGGGAGCAGCAGCAGCUACUGCAAGAGUUCCAGAAAAUAGUCGGUGUCAUUAUCCUUCUUGCUGUUCCGCUUUCUAUAAAUGCGCUAUCGUUGUUUCUUGACAUAGGAGCAGACCAAAUCAGCAAUCGAUUAGAUUCAUUCCGAUCGGUAUUGAGCAUUCCCGGUAACCGAGAUCAGCCUGUUAGGACUCUACAUCUAUCAUUUCGGGAUUUUCUAGUCCAGUCUAGAACCAAAUUUGUUGUGGAUGAGCCAAAGAAGCACAAAGACAUUGCCAGGUCCUGUCUCAAAACCAUGCGGAGCCGUCUACGGAAAGAUAUAUGCAAUCUAGCAAGCCCUGGAACGCGUAGGGCAGACAUCGACCCUCAACAUAUCGGCCAGUAUCUACCACCGGAAUUACAAUACUCUUGUCGCUACUGGAUACACCAUCUUGAACAAAGUCAGGCUCUAUCCUCCGAGAUAAAAGAAGUGCGACUAUUCCUCCAGAAACAUUUUCUGCACUGGGUGGAAGCGAUGAGUCUGCUAGGUUUUGUAUCGGAGGUGGUGAGUAUGCUUGAUCUCCUUCGCACGAUUAUACAAGGCGAUCACGAUUCCAUAAUAGGUGACUUUCUAUAUGAUGCAAAGCGCUUUGUUUUGAAGAAUCGCCAGAUAAUGGAUGAAGCACCACUUCAAAUUUAUUGCGCAGGACUGGUAUUUGCACCUCGAACUGCAAUCAUCCGUAAAGAGUUCGAACAAGACCUUCCUACUUGGAUAAGCCAGUUACCACGAGUUGAUGAAGGAUGGGGUACCGAAUUACAGACUCUCGAGGGCCAUUCAAGCUGGGUAACCUUGGUGGCCUUCUCGCCCGACGGUCGGCUACUAGCAUCCGGAUCUCAUGACAAGACCGUGCGACUCUGGGAUACGGCGACCGGCGCCCUAUGGCAGACUCUUGAAGGCCAUUCACGCUCGGUUACCUCAGUGGCCUUCUCACUCGACGGCCGGCUACUGGCAUCCGGCUCUCACGACAAGACCGUUCGACUCUGGGAUACGGCAACCGGUGGGCUACGGCAGACUCUCGAAGGCCAUUCAGACUCGGUUACCUCAGUGGCCUUCUCACUCGACGGCCGGCUACUGGCAUCCGGCUCUCACGACAAGACCGUGCGACUCUGGGACUCGGCAACCGGUGGCCUACGGCAGACUCUCGAGGGCCAUUCAGACUGGGUUACCUCAGUGGCCUUCUCACCCGACGGCCGGCUACUAGCGUCCGGCUCUGGCGACAAGACCGUGCGGCUCUGGGACACGGCAACCGGUGGCCUACGGCAGACUCUCGAGGGCCAUUCAGACUCUGUUACCUCGGUGGCCUUCUCACUCGACGGCCGGCUACUAGCGUCCGGCUCUGACGAUAAGACCAUUCGACUCUGGGACACGGCGCCCGGCGGCCUACGGCAGACUCUCGAGGGCCAUUCAGACUCUGUUACCUCAGUGGCCUUCUCACCCGACGGCCGGCUACUAGCGUCCGGCUCUGACGAUAAGACCAUUCGACUCUGGGACACGGCGCCCGGCGGCCUACGGCAGACUCUCGAGGGCCAUUCAGACUCUGUUACCUCAGUGGCCUUCUCACCCGACGGCCGGCUACUAGUGUCCGGCUCUGGCGAUGAGACCGUUCGGCUCUGGGACACGGCGACCGGCGGCCUACAGGAGACUCUCGAGGGCCAUUCAGACUCUGUUACCUCAGUGGCCUUCUCACCUGACGGCCGGCUAUUAGCGUCCGGCUCUCACGACGAGACCGUGCGACUCUGGGACACGGCGACCGGCGACCUACGGCAGACUCUCGAGGGCCAUUCACACUCGAUCUGGUCGGUAGUUUUCUCACCCGACGGCCGGCUGCUAGCGUCCGGCUCUGACGACGAGACCGUGCGGCUCUGGAACACGGCGACCGGCGGCCUAUGGCAGACUCUUGAAGGCCAUUCUGGCUCGGUUACCGCGGUGGCCUUCUCGCCGGAUGGCCUGCUACUGGCAUCCGGCUCUAACGAUAAGAUCGUGCGGCUCUGGGACACGGCGACCGGUUACCUACGGCAGAUUCUCAAGGGCCACUCACACUCGAUCUGGUCGGUAGCCUUCUCGCCCGACGGUCGGCUAGUGGCGUCUGGCUCUGUCGACGAGACCGUGCGGCUCUGGGACACGGCGACCGGCGGCCUACAGGAGACUCUCGAGGGCCAUUCAGACUCUGUUACCUCAGUGGCCUUCUCGCCCGACGGCCGGCUAUUAGCGUCCGGCUCUGACGACGAGACCGUUCGGCUCUGGGACCCGGCGACGGGCAGCCUGAAAGAGAUUUUGAAACCGAAUGCCGCUGUCGACAAACUUUCUUUUUCACCAGAUAGCUCAUAUCUCAGUACUGACUUAGGCAACCUCAUCGUUCAGUCGGGGCAGGUGAAUGAUGCCUCUAGUUCGAGUCCAGUGUUCUUCAUUGUCCAAGAACAGUGGAUAAUUAUCAACGGCGAAAAUGUUCUAUGGCUUCCCUAUGAGUUUCGGCCUAGCUGUUCGGCAGUUACUUGCGAUUCACUUGCCCUUGGACAAGAGUCAGGGCUGGUUUCUUUCAUACGAUUUCAAAAAUAG